AUGGUCAAGGCUGUGAGCGUUCUCCGCGGUGACUCCAAGGUCUCCGGUACCGUCGUCUUCGAGCAGGAGUCUGAGUCUGCUCCCACUACCAUCACCUGGGACAUCACCGGUAACGACCCCAACGCCAAGCGAGGAUUCCACAUCCACACCUUCGGUGACAACACUAACGGCUGCACUUCUGCUGGCCCUCACUUCAACCCUCACAACAAGACCCACGGUGCUCCUUCUGACGAGACCCGCCACGUUGGUGAUCUCGGAAACGUUGAGACUGACGGUCAGGGCAAUGCCAAGGGUUCCGUCACUGAUUCUCUUAUCAAGCUGAUUGGCCCUCACAGCGUCAUUGGCCGAACCGUUGUCAUCCACGCCGGUACCGACGAUCUUGGCAAGGGUGACGGCGAGGAGUCUCUCAAGACUGGUAACGCUGGUCCCCGACCUGCUUGUGGUGUUAUUGGUAUCUCCAACUAA